CAGAUCUAACCUCACGCUGCACCGCUGGGCCCACCACAUGCGCCUACCACUGCACCGCCUGCAACAAACACUGGAAGUUCCACGCAAGCUACACCUACCACAUGAAGAAGUUCCACGGGAGCAGCGGUGUGGCGGGUGCCGGCCGGUGGUGUGCUCUGCGUCAGCACUCCCUGACCUGCCGCGUCCACCACACUCAGAGCACAGGGCAGGAGGCAGCUUUGGAAGACAUGCAGGGGGUGGCAGGGAGGUCAUGAAGCCACUCCCUGACAGUGCACCAGGUUGUGGCUCCCUGCUCAGCCCUGCCCACCUCAGCAAGCAAGGAACUGACAGCCUUGUCCUGCUGUCAGAGAUGAGGAAGAUUCAAGUGUACCCACCUCCAAACACCUCCCACCAGGCGCCUCCUGCGGGGGAGAUCAUUGUGGAGGUGUUGGAGGACACGGAUGCAGAGUACCAGUGCAUCAUCUUGAUGGAGGACGCUGCCGUGGCCCACUUCACCAUGACGGACACUGCUGCCAUAUGGAACACCUCAGGCCGCCAGUAGGCAGACAGUGACAUGGAACGGGUAUAAGAUGGCGAAAGGCAGUAAUGUAUGGGAGAUGAUGAUCCAGGCCGAGAUGCCGCAGAAGUUGAGUUGUGUCUGGUGGGCGGGCAUCAACGAUGGACGUCUGGAAGGAGCUGACCGUCCACACGGCAAGACUUCACACCAGGAGGAAGGCCAUCCAGGAUGAAGGUGGUCUGCAGGGUGGUCUGACGGCACAGCAGCAUCAUCAACUAUCAACCCUGAGGAGAGAUGCGUCAUUAGCUGGCAGGGCUCACAGCACGGACAGUGGACAGCCAGUGGGCAUGGCAAUCAAUUUUGAAGUGUUUCCUACAACUUGUAGCUGUGUCACCGAUGAGCCCAACACCCUGAAAACGUUUCUUGCUUUAAAAGAUGUAAAUGGUAAUGUCUCAAACAAUAUGGAGGAUGCAGUUAUUUGGGAUGGAGAAAAACUACAUGGAGUCAUACAGUUAUCAUGAAGAGGUCACUAGUGAAGAGAAUGAAGUGCUAAGCUUGGAAGUUCUCAGUGUAACAGCAGAUGAAUUAAAUAAAGCUGUGCAAGGAAUGAGUGAAGGAAAAGCAGGAAGAGGAGAUGGCCUAGUUAAAGAUGCUAGUGAUUUCAUACCUAUUAAAUUUAGUAGAAGUUCUGCAUUGUAAGUAACACAUCAAACCAAUCACAUCAAUACACUUUACCAUUUGGUGCUGUAAAAUUAAAUAAACCUUAAAGACAGUA